UUAUAUAAUAAAUAGCAUUCUCCAUUAGUUGAGCUACGUCAAACCAUCUUUCCAAAUAAUCUCCUCUUCCUUUGCAAGUAGGCAAAACAAUGAGAUAAAAAAACAAAGUUACAGAGGAAAUAAAAAAACAAUGUUUCUGUCUCCCAUAUUUAAAACACACUUUGUGACUAAAGAGUCCCCAAACCAGAAAGUCAGGUUCACUCAUUUCAACACUUUAUUUAUCUUUGGGCAGCAUCAAGAGCAAAUUCACCACAGGAAUUGUACAUGUUGGAGUUUUAUGCGCCUUCUCCUUUUAAGAACAUCUCUGGCUAAACUUGCUCACUCUGCUGGCUUGGUUUUUCUUUAAUUCAAGCUGCUUGCUAGACAUUUCUAAUUACAAUUUCCCCAUUUCCAAUUUCCCAUCUAAUUAUCUCAAGUCAUAUGGAUACCAAUGUGGAGAUGGCUGGUUUAAUUUUCAAUUUCAAGUAAUCAUCUAGUACUGAAGCUCCAUAUUCUCCAAGCUAAGCUGGCUGGGUGGCUUCUUCACCAUUUUUAUACCCUCCCGACAUAAAACACAUAUACAAUGGGAAAACAAAGUUUUCCGGAUGGAUUAAAGUAAUAAUGAAAACAGUAAAGCUAAUUCACCACAAGAUGCUUAAACUAGUCUUAAUCCUAAAGUUGCAAAUCUAGUGACUGCCUUAAUACCGGUACCUACUCAUUAACUUUGAACUUCAAUUAGUUUUUCUGAGAUUUACCUGCAAACCCAUCCCACUUGGCUAUUUUAUGAUACAGUGUAAUGUGUGCACUUUAAAACAUAAUUUAACCAAGUGUGAUGUGGAAAUCCUAAUUUUGUCUCACAUGAAUAGAAAAGGGGAAAAAAGUAAUGAAUAGUACAAGAAAACUUAUUUUUAGUACUUCAGCAUGGAGCAGGCUCUCGCUGAAUGCAAAACUAUAAAAUGUAUUAUGCCAUGAAGAAUCAAAAAGACAAGUUUUUCUGCUCCUCUGAAGAUUUAUUGGUAGAGAAGAUUGUGUCGCAAGUUAAACCUUAGUAUAUUAGAAAAAAGGAUGAGUGUAAGUUCCCCUAUUGUUUGAUAUCCCAAAGACGCUUUUCCAAAAGGCAACUGGACUUUUCUUAGUUGCUUUUUUGAAAAUAUUUUGCUUCUUAUCCAAGAAGCUUCUUCAGUUCUAUUGUUGGCUAUUUUGCAUUCUGGACUUUGUCAAGAACAUUAGUGUGCCUAAACUCGGGAAAGGACUGGUUGGUUGAUUUGCCUCCCACUUUAAAAAAUGGGAUCAUUACUACCUUAAGGAUACCUCUAUCACAUCUUCUAAAUAAUUUGAUUCUCGCUUAAUUCUCACUUUUAGACAACAUUGAACAGACAAGCCUUGAUUGAUUUCUUGAUUGAUCUGCUAUUGUCACUGGUGUAGUUUCUUGUAUCAGUCUAUUGUACAAAAACGCAAACAUGAUGGAGAUUGUAGGGCAUAAAACUGACCCUUGACCUUCUGUUAUUUUAUUAUUUUUCAGGUUCCUAAAAGGCUGCCCUCUCAGAACUUACUAACUUCAGCGGGAGGUCUGGAAUUCGAAAAUGCUUUCACUGUGAAAUACCUGACAAUCGUGAAUCGCACCUGAAAUUUAUCAAAGGGGUUUAUUGUUAAUCGAUCUUUCCAUGAUAUAUAGCGCUGCAGAACUGGAAAGCAAGGGUGAGGACCUUGCCUUGCAGCUAGGCUCUGUCAUGGAUGAAGAGACUCAUCACAGCCUUGAAUGCAUCCAAGCUAAUCAGAUCUUCCCCAGGAAGCAGCUGAUCCGGGAGGAUGAAAAUCUCCAGGUCCCAUUUCUCGAACUUCACGGGGAGAGCACGGAGUAUGUCGGCCGAGCGGACGAUGCCGUCAUUGCCCUGUCCAACUACAGGCUUCACAUCAAAUUUAAGGAAUCCGUGGUGAACGUUCCAUUGCAGCUCGUAGAAAGCGUGGAAUGUCGGGAUAUUUUCCAGCUUCACUUGACUUGCAAAGAUUGCAAAGUGAUCAGGUGCCAGUUCUCCACUUUUGAGCAGUGUCAAGAGUGGCUGAAGCGGCUGAACAACGCCAUCCGCCCCCCCUCAAAGAUAGAGGACGUUUUCUCUUUUGCUUACCAUGCCUGGUGCAUGGAGGUCUACGCCAGUGAAAAGGAGCAACAUGGCGAUUUGUGCCGCCCAGGAGAGCACGUGACGUCGAGAUUCAAAAACGAAGUGGAACGGAUGGGUUUUGACAUGAACAAUGCCUGGCGGAUCUCCAACAUCAACGAGAAGUACAAGCUCUGCAGUAGCUACCCUCAAGAACUCAUCGUGCCUGUCUGGAUAACGGACAAAGAGCUGGAAAGCGUGGCCAAUUUCCGAUCUUGGAAACGCAUCCCUGUGGUGGUUUACAGGCACCAGAACAACGGGGCGGUCAUUUCUCGCUGUGGGCAGCCUGAGGUCAGCUGGUGGGGCUGGAGAAAUGCUGACGAUGAACAUCUUGUCCAGUCGGUGGCCAAAGCCUGCGCCUCCGAUUCCAAGUCGAGCAGCGGUAAACUGGUGAAUGGGAACUGCUCGCGAGAGUUCUCCAAUGGGGGAGACUUCUCCGACGCAGAGUUUGAUUCUUCCAUUUCCAAUGCUUCGGGAGCAGAAAGCUUAGCCAUCCAGCCGCAGAAGCUUUUGAUCUUAGAUGCACGCUCCUAUACAGCCGCAGUCGCCAACAGAGCCAAAGGAGGGGGCUGUGAAUGUCCAGAGUAUUAUCCCAACUGUGAAGUGGUGUUCAUGGGAAUGGCUAACAUCCACUCUAUUCGGAAGAGUUUUCAGUCACUGAGGCUGCUCUGCACACAGAUGCCGGACCCGGGAAACUGGCUGUCGGCUCUGGAGAGCACCAAGUGGCUCCAGCAUCUCUCUGUGCUUCUGAAAUCAGCCCUGCUGGUGGUUCACGCGGUGGACAGAGACCAGCGGCCUGUCCUGGUCCACUGCUCCGAUGGCUGGGAUCGGACCCCGCAGAUCGUGGCUCUGUCCAAGCUGCUGCUGGAUCCAUAUUACCGGACCAUUGAGGGUUUCCAAGUGCUGGUGGAGAUGGAAUGGCUGGACUUUGGCCAUAAGUUUGCAGACCGCUGUGGCCACGGCGAAAACUCUGACGACCUCAACGAACGCUGCCCCGUGUUUCUGCAGUGGCUCGACUGCGUCCAUCAACUCCAGAGGCAGUUCCCCUGCUCCUUCGAAUUUAACGAAGCAUUCCUUGUCAAGCUAGUGCAACACACCUACUCCUGCCUCUUUGGUACAUUCCUGUGCAACAACGCGAAGGAGAGAGGCGAGAAGCACACCCAAGAAAGGACCUGCUCGGUGUGGUCCCUGCUGCGAGGAGGAAACAAAGCUUUCAAAAACCUGCUUUACUCCUCUCAGUCCGAAUCUGUGCUGUAUCCUGUGUGCCAUGUGCGCAACUUAAUGCUGUGGAGUGCCGUGUACCUGCCUUGCUCCUCACCUUCCACCCCUGUGGAUGACAGCUGUGCCCCUUAUCCCGUCCCAGGCUCCAACCCUGAGGAUCAGCCUCUGAGCAGGCUACCAAAGACCAGAUCCUUUGACAAUCUGACCACAGCCUGUGACAGCAGCGUAGCCACCACCAACCGGCGUAGCAGCGACCCCAGCCUCAACGAGAAAUGGCAGGAACAUCGCCGAUCCCUGGAGCUCAGCAACCUUGGGAACCCAGGAGACGACCUCUUUGAGAGCGAAAAUUUGGGCAAGCAAGGCAGGACUCUGAUUGGAGCAGAGCUUUCAGUAGCGGUGGCCGAGGGGCAGAUGGAAAACAUCUUGCAAGAAGCCACCAAAGAAGAAGGGAGCCUUGAGGAGAAUACAAGGUGUAGUCAGGAAAGGGCAGGGAAGGAAGGAGAAGGGGAUCUCACGCUAGAGAAGGAACGCAGGACUGAACGCCUGGCUGGUUCUGCUACUGUUUGUGAAAAGUCUGACGCGGAUGCAGAAACCUCCUUAGACAAUCCAGUUUCUAAUCAACAGGUGGUAUCACAGGGUGCUUCUGAGCUCCAAGGGCAAGAGGAGGGUCACCCAGCUGUCCCUUGCACGGUCCAGAAGCCAACUCAGGGGGGAGAGCUGCCACUUGGCUUUUGGGACAAUCCUGGAAAUAGCGAAGUUUCAAGAGAGGAGGAGGAAGAGGAGGAGGAGGAGGAGGGUGUUAGUAGUAGUUCAGCAGAAGCUGAAAAUGCUCCUAGUCCUGCCCAUCCCAUCCCACCGUUGCCUGUAGGACUUGAGGUGGUUACACCAAACAUGGAGAGCUCGACCGAGACCUUAACAGAAAUGGGAGCCAGGGCAGAAAGGGUACAGAAAGUGUCUUCCCAUUGGCGUCAUCCCGCAGACAACAGUGUCGGCGAUCUUUCCCAGACGGUGGAGAAUCGGCUGGAGAGGGAGGACUUGAUGGACGCACACAAGUUGGCCGUAGCUCUAAAUAGGACUCCUUACAGCAGCAACCCUUCCCCGUGUGCCUUGCCUUUAACGGACUAUAAAGAAGUGGUGUGCAAUGGAGACUUGGCAUCCGAGAACAAGAUAGCCGAGAGCCCGGCAGGUUUUGCUGCUCCUCAGAAAUACUCUGCGCCCAACGGGCACUGCCUGAACGGGGAAGAAAGCAGGGUGAAAGUUCCCCUCGGCCGGCAGAUCUCCACGGCCAGCUGCAGCAGCUCCACCCCGCUGCAUCUAAGGAAUCUCCACCACAAAUGGGUUCAUGCCAUCCCGGGUCGGCAGCAAACAGCGGGUAGCCCGGACCAGCCUGCCCGGAAUCAUCUGGAUGACGACGGGAUGCCCAUCUACGCUGACAUCAUUCAGCAGCGCCUCCGUCAGAUUGAAAGCGGGCACCAGCAGGAAGUGGAGAGCUUGAAGAAGCAGGUGCAGGAGCUGAAGAGCCGGUUGGAAAGCCAGUAUCUGAACAGCUCGCUGCGCUUCAACGGGGAGUAUGGGGAUGAAGUGACUUCAGUGCCUGACUCAGAAAGCAAUCCGGAUCACAACUGCUUGUCUCGCUGCAGUACAGAGAUUUUCUCUGAAGCCAGCUGGGAGCAGGUGGAUAAACAGGACACAGAGGUGACACGGUGGCUGCCCGAUCACCUGGCUGCGCACUGUUACGGCUGUGACACUGUCUUCUGGCUUGUCAGCAGAAAACACCACUGCAGGGAUCCCGAACGUGUUGAUCAGACUUGGAAUUGUGGAAAUGUGUUUUGCUCCAGCUGCUGUAACCAGAAGGCGCCGGUCCCCAGCCAACAGCUCUUCGAACCCAGCCGGGUCUGCAAAACCUGCUACAGCAGCUUGCACCCCAGUAGCUCCAGCCUUGACCUCGAACUGGACAAACCCAUUGCUGCCACCUCAAACUGAGGCUCCAGCCUGGAAGGAAAGCUGGGAGGAGACAAAGCUGCCUUUGUCCCUUGAAGGAGACACACCGAUUGCUGGUGGACUGAAGCUGGUAGGAUUGGAGGAGCUAUGCACUUUGAGCUGGAAGUACAGGUUACUGCUCAGAGAGAGAGAGAGAGAGAGAGAGGAUGAUGGGUAGGUAGAUCCUGGUGGAGCAGGAGCAAUCCUUCCCCACUGUUACUUCCCAUUCCCUUUCCAUCCUUCUCAUGUAAAUUUAGUGUGGAUUUUGCAGGAAGACCAUGAAAGGGGUCUAGUGGGGAGUCUCCCUGCCCUGCCACUGAAGACGUGCACCCGCAGGCAGGCUGUUCUCCCUUUGUGAGAGGAGAGAAAGGUGAAUUGCCAGAGAGAUUGUGAAUACCUGUAGCGUUAGGACUAGUGCUUUCAGUCACUCCUGUGACUUCCCAGCAGCCCCAUGCUGUUUGGAGAGUUGUUGCUGCUAGAAGAAACGGAAACGGCCUUCUCAAAAGGACUCUUCCCCCUCUCUGUCCUCCAAGAGCGGGCUGGAUUAUUCCCGUUGCCCAAAUGCAAGGGGUGGAUUGCAGUUCUCCACGCUGGGCAAUCCUCUGUGGCCGAGGGCGGAGAAGCCUUGGCUAAGAAGAGAUGCCUGCUUGCUUUGAGGGGAAGCGAGAGGAGAAAAGGGUGGCUUUAAACCGUCACCCCCGAUGUAAAAUUCUGUACAUCCAUUUUUAUUUUUAUUUUGUAAAGGAAUUGGUGCCUAGGCUUUGACGGUAGCUUUUGAAAUGCCUCUCCUCGCCCCCAUUUUAAACCUAGUUUACACAGAAAGUAGAGCUGCUUCACUGCACUCAGUAGGCUUUGUGCAAAGUCAGGUGGCCUAAUGGCAUCGAGGUGUCCUUUUCACAAAAGAACCCCAUGAAGCAAGAAGUGGGAUGGUUUUACUUUGCUCUAGAGCUGGUUAGAAAAGGUGGGUUUGCUGGAAGCCCCCCAAAUGAGGUGUUAGGAAAAGACGUGACUUGGCCAGAACAAUCUGAAACUGUUUUCCUUCCGCUAACUUCAUUAAUGUCAUCCCAUCAACAUUUGAUAGAGUCCUCCUAUUUUUCUAAAUUUUGUAUUUUCCCUCCUUCACUCUCUUUAAAAUGUGCUCAGUUUAUGGUUUUGGAGUGGGAGGAAGAAUUAUAAUAGAGAGUUUAUAAUCUGUGAUAAGAUGCUUGAAUCCAUUCAGAAUCAAAUCUCUUCUUAUUGCUCUCGCCUGUUUUGUCUUGGAGAACUUAGAUCGGUACAUGCCAUUCCUGUCUUUCUGUGUCACCACAGAACAUCUUCAAACAUCUUCCAUAUAUUUUCUCUGCAACAUUAAUUUUCACACGGUAUAGAUCUACACCCUGGCCUGGGAGGUUCCCACACCCAGAACUGCCAUAAAUCCUGGCGUGAAGCUCUGCAAGAGCCAUAAAGAGCAAGCUACACAGCAACGGGUGUAAAAAGAACAAGAAACACCAACACAACACCACCACCUAAGCUAUUCUAAGCGUUUGUGCUGUAAUUACUAGACUGGCCUUCCAAAAGGAAACUGGUUUAGUGAGCCUGUUGCCAAGGAAGAAAUAUAAAAGUGAGGCUUGUCAAACAGUUUUAGUUUUCAUACUGAUUCCAAGAAGGAAGAUUUUUGUCAGUCCGUUUAAUUCUUGAUGUUUCAAUUUUCCCAGGUUGGUUGUAAAGGAUGCAUGUCUUGCAUAGAACAAAAUAAUGCAGGGAAGACAUUUGAAAUUAAGGAUCCAAAUUCCAGGAGCGCAUAGCCAGAGGCGCCAUCUCUGGCUUAGCGCAGGCAGGGUGUAAUUUCUUGACACUCCUUGUCUGCUUCCAACUGGGAGGACCGGUACAAAAUUUCAAUAUGGUUUUCUCCCCACCCCACCCCCAAUAAGGAAUGAAACGCUCUGGGGAAAUCAGCAGAGGUUCCAGGUUGGGAAUGUGGAAACAGGUUAUUGAAGUGACAUACAGAAAGCUGGCUAAAUCUAUGCUUUUCCAAUGCAACUGGUGUGCAGCAAGACAUUUUAGAACAAGCAAAAAAGAAUAAUAAAGGGGAAUGGUAUUGUGUGAUGCACUUGAGCCAGUGUGAUUUUAUGGUACAAACAGAAGGUCUAAUGUUCAGCAGUUCGUAAGAGGUGCCAAGGGGUUCCAAUACGGGUUUUGGGGGUCUGUGAUGUACAGUGUGAAUAAACGCUUGCAGCUCUUA